CACUAGCAUCUCCACGUUCGAACGUUCUCGACACCUGCGAGGAGCAUACGUUCAGGACUUUCAACGUUUAACUGCUUAUUGCAAACUAAAACUUUCCUUUUGCUAACGGUCUGACGACAGUCGCACUUUUUUGUCUCGUGUACCUUCGGUGGUUCAAGGUCAAUAGCAGAAAGAAUUACUUAGUCAUCGAAAAGUCCACAACGAUUUGCGUCUAAAAUCGCGUGACCACGGUUCAGAUGGAUUGAGUUUUAAUGAUUGAUAUCGCUGCCCACUACCGCAUCGGUAGCAGACGGGUUAGAAGCUGACCAGGGGAACUUUCCCAGCAGCAUACAUACAUACAUAUAGCAAGUACAAAAGUGUAUGAUAAUCGUUACAAAUAUUUUCCGAUUUUAAAAAACAUGUAUGUAUCCUGUGUCUGAAGCCUUUCCGGGUUAUCUGUCCGGGAGUAAAAGCAUUCUCGUUCAACCUUGACCUAUAUCUAUAAUGGAUGGAUGGCUUAUCCAUAAAGCAAAAAGGGCAUUGUUUAUUUGAGCAAACGGAAACGGUUCGGCAAAUAUUUGAUCACAAACAGAAGUGCGCAACACAGCGGAGAACUGCCUUAGGAUACGACAAAAUUGGAUACAAAACACAGUGAUAAAGUGUACGAUAUAGGAAAAUGUAUUAAAACCAUAGGACAAAUUACCGCGUGUGUGUGUCCAUAAGGGUAGCAAAUGACUGUUGAGUAUGAGUUUUAAAUUUAAAUCUAACGAGUAGAGGAACCGUUUGCCUGCACGCAACACUAUAAAGCGGUUGCAGUUAAACACUGGACACUGGACAACAAUUUUUAAAACAGUGUGUUGUUAUAAAGGAAGGAUAUACAGCACGCAACACGCAACAGCGGAAAUGGCGUGCAGCAGCGUAUCAUCGUUCUUCACGCUAAUAUGGCCGAUUGGACAGCUUUACCACGAACGAUGUGCCACUAACGAUUGUGUUGUGAACCGCUUUAUAACCUCCGUUCCUUUUUGGUCAAACGGAGCCAAAUAUGAUGCUGCCUGCUAAAUAAUUCACCGACCAAUAGCGCACACACACAUUCGAUAGACUGAGGUCCCUCCUAUCUGCGCCACAAAGCUAAUCAUGGCGGAAAACGUGAAAGUGGUCGUACGGUGCCGACCGAUGAACAAACGCGAACAACAAUCAAACUGUAAGGUAACGAGCUGGAAUAAAGGACCAAUAAUGUUUACAGUGAUGGGAAGGCAUUGUAGGUUAGGGGUACAAUUAUUAACCGCAUUGCUUCUCAUUGCUUUCCAGAACGUGAUACAGAUCGAUAACGCACUGGUAAACUUGGACAAUCCGAAUGAUCCGAAUGCACCGCAAAAAUCGUUUCAAUUUGACAAUGCGUACGGUUAUGCAGCGACAACGGAGAAUAUUUACAGCGACAUUUGCUACACUUUGGUGGAGAGCGUUCUCGAGGGAUACAAUGCAACGAUCUUUGCCUACGGUCAAACGGGUUGUGGUAAAUCGCACACAAUGCAAGGAACCACGUACAAUCUAUCCGCGGCCGAUCCAAACAAUGCUAACAACAUCGGCAUUAUACCACGCUCGUUCGAGCACAUCUUUGAGGCGAUCUCCCUGGCCAGCGAACUACGGUAUCUCGUGCUGGUUAGCUAUCUGGAGAUCUACAACGAAACGAUACGCGAUCUACUGCAACCACAAACCCAAGCAACCGGUAGCUUACAGAUCAAGGAAGUACCGAGCGAAGGUGUCACGGUGCAAAACCUUUCCCUCCACACCGUCCACGGGAUAAAGGAAUGCAUCGAACUGUUGGAGCUGGGCGCCAAAAAUCGCAUGGUCGGUGCAACGCUUAUGAACAUCGAAAGUUCCCGAUCACAUUCGAUCUUCAGCAUCAGUCUGGAGCAGAUGUCUACCAGCGUGGACGGCGAUGGGGCGGCAAUCAAGCGCGGCAAGCUGAACCUGGUCGAUUUGGCCGGUUCCGAGCGACAAAGUAAAACCGGUGCCACGGGUGAAAGGCUUAAAGAGGCGACGAAAAUUAAUCUUUCCCUGUCCGCACUGGGUAAUGUGAUAUCUGCUCUCGUCGACGGUAAAACACGACACAUUCCUUACCGCGAUUCGAAGCUCACCCGACUGCUGCAAGAUUCGCUCGGUGGCAACACUAAAACGUUGAUGAUUGCCUGCAUCUCUCCUGCCGAUUACAAUUACGACGAAACGCUGUCCACGUUGCGGUACGCUAGCAGGGCGAAAAACAUUGCUAACAAACCGCGCGUCAACGAGGACCCGAAGGAUACGAUGUUGCGCGAGUAUCAGCAGGAAAUUAUUCGCCUUAAAGGGUUGCUUAAGGGUGGUGAAAAUCCGUUCCAAUUCGCCAAUACUAACGAGCACGAGGAAACGAUCAGUGUGGAUGUGGAAAAGCAAGCGCUCAAAACGCAGUACGAUCAGGAGGUGAUGCAUCUGCGCCGUGAGUACGAACAGCAGAAGAUCGCCAAACAGGAGCUGGUGAAAGAUAUCGAAAAGAUAAAAGCAUACUACGAACAGCAAAUGCAGCUGCUGACGGCGAAAAAGCUUUCCGACGCGGACAAGGAUCACCCGAAUACGAGCCUUGCUAGCAGGGAUCGUAAAGAAAUUUACGAUCGCAUCAAACAGAUCAAGGACGCACUGAUCGGUGGUGAACGAGCGAACGACAUUCAGCUGAAGGAGAAACGCUACCGAAACAAGCUCGCGUCGGAAAAACGGAUCAACGCGCUCGCGCAAGCACUUGGCCGAAUCGAACAGACAGCGGACAGGGAUUUACUACAGGGACACUACUCCGACAUACAGCAAGAGUUGAAAGUACGCUACGAACAGAUACGGGCGCUUCGGAAACGGACCAAAUUCUUCGAGCAAGAAGUGUCCGAUAUUCAGGGCGAGUUUCAACGCGAACGUGACGAUUACCUUGCAACGAUAAGACUGCUGGAGAAGAAAGUUCUAUUUUACGAAACCGUGUUCCAGAAGGCGAUGCCCGUCCUGCGCAAGGACGGUCGGUACUGGAAUUUGGAGUGCCUGGAAAAGGAGUCAGAGUGGAAUGAUGAUUUGCGCAAGUGGCGGUUACCGGACGACACGCUAUUACGGUUGCGCUUACCACCGGCCGAAACAUCACCACCACCACCGCCACCACCAGAGGAUACUUCACCCGGGAAGCUUAACGGUCGUGAAAGUCAAACAUCGCUAACCGCACCGGGACGUUUAGAGCGUAGCACCACAAUGAUACUUGCCAAAUUGCCCGAGUUUCAGCGCGACCCCAAAACAAUGGCACCCGAUGAGCAGAAUCAACGCAAAGGCGAUUUCCUUAGCAAAAGCACCAACAGCAAUCCCUUUCCAAAGAUCGAGGAUGUUGCGAUGACAUACUUUAGACCACGGCGGGCUGCCGAACUGGUGUACAAAAGUGGGUGGCGAUCGUUUCAGAAAUGAUUUCUGUGUUGGAAGAGUAUUGGCAGAUUUUAGAGAUUGUUAAUUAAUAUUUUAUUUAUCUCGUUUUUUG